UUAGGCGCCCACAAGAAAAAGAAAACAACCCGGAAAAAAAUAUUCCUCUCUUUCUCUCCCUCGGAAGCUCACCAAUUUCUGCAAAAAUGGCGACGAUGGUGCCUGACAAUCUAAGCCGUGACCAGUACGUUUACUUAGCCAAGUUAGCGGAACAAGCCGAACGCUACGAGGAGAUGGUUCAAUUCAUGCAAAAGCUCGUCCUCGGCUCUACUCCUGCCUCCGAGCUCACCGUCGAGGAACGGAACCUUCUCUCGGUCGCUUACAAAAACGUGAUCGGAUCUCUACGCGCCGCGUGGAGGAUCGUUUCUUCCAUCGAGCAGAAAGAAGAAGGUCGGAAGAACGAGGAACAUGUGGUGCUCGUCAAGGAGUAUAGAUCGAAGGUUGAAUCUGAGUUGUCGGAUGUUUGCGCUAGUAUCUUGACUUUGUUGGACUCGAAUCUGAUCCCAUCUGCUGCUGCGAGUGAAUCGAAGGUUUUCUAUUUGAAGAUGAAAGGGGAUUAUCAUCGGUAUUUAGCAGAGUUUAAGGUUGGUGAUGAGAGGAAAGCUGCUGCUGAGGAUACUAUGCUGUCUUACAAGGCUGCUCAGGAUAUCGCACUGACGGAUCUAGCACCAACGCACCCGAUCAGGCUGGGACUUGCGCUGAAUUACUCGGUGUUUUACUAUGAGAUUCUGAAUCAGUCCGAUAAGGCUUGUAGCAUGGCUAAACAGGCAUUUGAGGAAGCCAUUGCUGAGCUUGACACGCUGGGAGAAGAGUCUUACAAGGACAGCACUCUCAUUAUGCAACUCCUAAGGGAUAACCUUACUCUCUGGACUUCGGAUGUUCAGGACCAGUUAGACGAGCCAUAGAAGGUGGUGUAACCCGUGUUGGUCCUAGUCUUCUUCCGGAGGAGGUGGGCUUUGAAUGUCAUUUGCUUAUGUUGAUUAAAGUGUGUAAUUUAAAAUGGGAAGUAAUCCAUGGCAUGAUGCUAUACUCUAUCCCCGACUAGAUUUCUGAAUUUGGAAGCGACUUGGAUAGGUGGCAUUUUCCAA